AUGGGGUUUCCGGAUCUUCAACCAAUUUUGCAAAGCCUUCUGGAUUCAGGCAAGUACUCAGACCUGAUGAUAUCAUGUGAAGGCCGUAACUUCAAGGUACACCGUGCAAUAGUCUGUUCUCAGUCAUCUUUUUUCGACGCUGCAGUCAAAGGCGGAUUCAAGGAGGCUUCUUUAUCGCAAGUUGAUCUGCCGGAUGAUGAGCUAGCAACCAUUCACCGAGUUAUCUCCUUUCUUUAUGUUCAAGAUUACGGAGAGACAGAUGAUCUGGACUUUGCGAAAGCUGCUUCGCGCGAAAAUAUAGACCCUCAUGCAGCUAUGUGGAAUAACCUCAGAGUUUUUAUGGCAGCCGACAAGUUCGACAUUUCGCCUUUAAAAAGUCUUGCGAGAACCCGCCUUCUCAACUGGAUUGACAAAAAUGCGAAGAGUCUUCCAUUAGUCUUGCAACAGAUCUGGAUCACUAUCCCGCCUCUCGAGACUGAGCUCCGAGACGCCAUAAUCAAAGCAAUUUCACGCCACACCCAGGAAUUCCUAACUCAUGAUGAUAGUAUCGUGAUUAUGAAAGAUAUACCGGAUAUUGCUAUUGGGGUGCUUAGAAAAGUCGUGGACGAGAAUUCUUUUCUCAAAUUUGAUUUGCAGAGAUCCAAUAUGCGAAGGCGAUGUUGA